UGGAGCGGUCCCGGCGAGUUUGUUGUCUUCCUCGAAGGCGUCUGGAGAGGCUCGCCAUGGCCGCCGAGCUGCAACCCCUGACCGACGAGCUGACCUGCUCCAUCUGCCUGGAGAUCUUCCAGCAGCCCGUCACUACCCCGUGCGGCCACAACUUUUGCUCGCGCUGCCUGGACGAGACGUGGACCGUCCAGGGCCCCCAGUUCUACUGCCCCCAGUGCCGGGCGUGUUUUCUGACGCGGCCGCAGCUGCAGAAGAACACGGUGCUGUGCGCGGUGGUGUUACAGCUGCAGAAAACCCAAAGCAGCUGGGAUUCGAGGUUGCCCUGCUGUGCGUCCCAAGAUGGCGAGCCCUCGGAGCUGCCGUCGAGGAAGGGGGGCCAGGCGAAGGACGAGGCGGCUGUGAUCGUGGCCUGCGACCACUGCUUGCAGGCUCCUGCCGCCAAGACGUGCUUCACCUGCAUGGCGUCCUUCUGCCAGGAGCACCUGCGGCCGCACCUGGACAACCCAAUGUUUCAGGGCCACGAGCUGCAGCCGCCCGUCUGGGACCUGGCACGUCGCAAAUGCCCGGAGCACAGCCGCCUGCGGGAAUUCUUCUGCUCCCAGCACGGCGUCUGCAUCUGCUGUGUCUGCCUGGUGGGGCACAAGAGCUGCACCCUGCUGAACCUGGACGCGGCCAGGGCCACGCUGAAGUCCAAGAUGAAGCAGAAGCUGACAACAAUAUAUGAUCAUAUCUAUAAGGCUUCAAGUGCAUUGAAAGAUGUAAAGUCGAAACAACAUACAAUCCAGGAAACAGCAGCCAAAAAGAUGGACUCAUUGAUGCAUGAAUAUGAAGAAAUGAAAGUCCUCAUUGAAUCAGAGGAGAAGAGUUCUAUGCAGAAGCUGAAAGAGGAAGAAAAGCGAGUUUUGGACAAAUAUGAUCAUGUUUAUCAGGUCCUGCUCAAGAAAAAAAUGGAAAUUGAGUCUAUGAAAGAAGAAAUUGAACUUUUGCUCACGAAAAAUGAUGAGAUCACUUUUUUGGAGAAAGCCUCAAAACUGCAAGAAGUUGUCAUCAAGGCUGUGUACAUACCAAAGAAUGAAUUAAACAACGAGAUGAUUGGCAGUGUUUAUCAAAAUGCCUUCUCCCUUAAAGAAGCUUUGAAACAGAAAGUAAACAACCUUCAAGAGAAGAAAACAGAGGAGGCAACUAACCCAGAUAAUUCUGGAAAACCUUCAUCUUUCUUGGGACCAACAUAUGUUAACAGAGAUUAUCGCCAACCAAGACGGGUCUACAAAGCGGACAAACCUGGGGACAAACCAGGGCACCUGCAGGAGAAAAGUGGAGUUACAGACCAGAAACUGGAAAAGAAGCCUAAAAAACCUGCCCCUGCUUUUGCAGUGACUCCCAGUCUGAAUCCCCGCAUGGGAUCUAUGACAGAUUUAACAAAACUCAAACCAGCCCUCUCAGACACUACAGAAAAAGCCAGUGCCUUACCAAAGAAUUCACCAAAUCGGAAGAUGCAAGUACUAGAGGCCUUCUUAGCAAAAUCCAGACCAGAGCUCCUGCAGUAUGCUACUCAGGUGGUCCUGGAUUCCAACACUGCCAACUACAAACUGGCUUUGUCAGAGAACAACACUGUAGCCUCUGUGGCUUCGGUUCCCCAGAACUACCCAUCCCACCCCGAGAGAUUCACCUACUGCUCUCAGGUCCUUGGCCUGCAGGGUUACAAGUCGGGAGUCCACUACUGGGAGGUAGAGCUGCAGAAGAACACAUUUUGUGGUAUUGGCAUCUGCUAUGGGAGCAUGGAUCGCCAGGGUGCUGAGAGCCGACUGGGCCGCAACAGCUCCUCCUGGUGUGUGGAGUGGUUUAACACCAAGAUCUCUACCUGGCACAACGAUGUGGAGAAAAAUCUGCCUCUCACCAAGGCCACCAAGGUCGGCGUGCUCCUGAAUUACGAUGCCGGCUUUGUCAUUUUCUUCGCCAUCACGGACAAAGUCCACCACAUCUAUAAGUACAGGGCGGAGUUUUCAGAAGCGCUGUACCCUGCCUUCUGGAUAUUCUCCAAUGGUACCACUCUGUCCAUCUGCUCACUGAAAUAGAAAGUCAUUUUACAUAAAGGGUGGGACCUGGUGUUCGUUCCCCCUCCAACUCAGGUUACAUCCUGUGCUGAGUUCGAAUAACUAUCCUCUGAGCUAAGGUUGUCUGGUUAUAGGAUAAGCAACCUGCUCCCAUAGCAUGAUGGCUUUCUCCUUUGGAUAAUUUUACUGAUAAUUCCGUGUGAGGUUGGGAAGGGGAUUUGAGAAAAGGAAGAGCAUUCAUAUUGAUAGUGAGGGAGGAUGGCUCUUGGGGUUCAGGUAAGCUGAAUUUUAAGGCCUAAAACCACCAUGUCUUUAGAUAAGACGACCUCUCAGAGUCGUGCUGGCCAGUGCUGGUAAUACCUGGCCACUGGGCAGUUCACACAGGCUUAGAUUAGCGCCAUUCUUUUCCAACCCUCAGAAAAGUAUAACUCAUACAAGCUGACCUACAGGCUUCCAGGUACGGGCCCCAUUGUGCCCUGAGGGUUGAGUUUAGCUUGUGUGGUUUACCCCUGCCAUCCUUCCUCUCCCUCCAUCCCAACUCUCAGGAUCAUCUUCAUCUCUUUGUCUAUCUGAUUGAUUUUUUAAAAAAGUGAUUCAGAAAGAGAAGCAUUCAAGGUUGGGACCUUUGCCAACCUCUUUCUCCACCCCGCAACCCCAGUAAUUUUGAUUAAAAAGCCAAAAAAUUUCAAGAGCUUUGCUGACUAGCCAUGUGCUACUAUUGUAAAUUGGUAUUGUGUAGGGAAGGAGAGGCUAUAUACUUUCACGUUCUCUGAGAAGAAACUCUUGAAUAAUUCUUUACCAAAGAUCCAGAAUUUAAAAAAAAAAAGAAAAGAAAGAAAUCAUUCUUUCUUUACUUUUCUUUUUUUCUUUGCAGAGGGGAAAAAAACCUCCUUGGAGGUAGUUUUUAAAACUUUUCCUUUCCAAGGCUGUAUCAGGGUAUCAGGGUCUUAGAUUUGACUCUGAAAGGGAUUAAAAAGAUGAUUUAGCCUAGCCCCUUCAUUUUGCAGAUAAGGAAACUGGAACCUGUGUUAAUCUCUGAUGCUCAAGGUUACAAAGUCAUGAACUGAGCAAGGAUUUGAAUCCCAAUUCUCUUGCCUUAAAUCCAAUACACUCUUACUACGCCAGGCAGCAAUAGAUCCUUUCACACUGUAUCUGCCUUCCUAAGAUAAGAAUAAUUAUUAUUUUCCUUUUUGACUGCCUGGAGCAUCCCUUAUCCAAUCCACGACUUCUAGAGUUAGGUCCUAAAUGAACCAAAUGGGCUACGGGGGGAGAGCAAGGUCUGUGGCUCUGGAUAGGCCAGUUCCCAGCUUCUGAGUUCUGAGUCAAGCCUCAUCCCUGGGAAAGCUUUGACUACCAGUCCUUUGCCCCAGGCUCAUGGUUGCUGCAGCUAACCUGAGACCUUUCCUGUCAUGGUACAUGUUUACAGGAGGAGAAAUAGCACUGAUGUUGAACCCAGUCUCUUGGAAGCAUAUUAUCUUCCCUCCUCCCCUCAUGUUUAACAUGAUAACCAUGGUUUUGCCAAAGUGUUUUUCAUCUCUUUGUGAAUAACUCAUUUUUGUCUCUAUUUUCUCAGUGGACUAAUGAGUUAUUGGCAAUAUGUAGACACAGUUGAUCAUGGGGGAAAAAAAUCAGAUAUGUACAAUGUCUGGAUCUUCCAUGUGAUUGUGUCUUAAGAGACUGCACGCUGGUGAUGUACUUGAAACUUCAAACUAGAGCCCUCUCUGAAGAAAAGAGAUCAGUGUUCAGUCACAUUGAGGCUCUAGGGAUCAUAAAUUUAGUGCGUGAAUGCAUUGUAGAUGUUGUGAAAUCCAGUCUCCUCGUUUUACAGAUGAGGAAACUGAGGCACAUAGAGGUUAACUGUCUUGCAUAGAGUCACACAGUCAAAAGCAAGAUUUGAACUCAGAUUUUUGCUGAAUUUCAAAUCUCAUGCUCUAGUCAUUGUACCAUGUGGGUCUCCAGCUUUUUCUCUUUCAUUUCCUUCCUCUUUGAACUUGGGUUGACUACAUUAUCUUGUAUAACAUUCCCCCAAUUAAUUCAGCCACAGAAUGUUUUGGGAUUUGAAAUGCUAGCCUGGGAGUAAUUAGGGGUUUGAGAAGAUCCCUAGGAAAAACUAUGGAACAAAAAUAGAGGAAAUUAUAAAUUUUCAUAGUGGAGAAUUGUUGUCUGUAAUCGGGAUUUCUGAUACAUAGAUGUUUUCAUACGAUGUGUUUUUUUGUUGUUUUUUUUUUUUGUUGUUGUUGUUUUUUGUUUUUUGUUUUUUAGUGAGGCAAUUGGGGUUAAGUGACUUGCCCGAGGUCACACAGCUAGCAAGUGUCAAGUGUCUGAGGCCGGAUUUGAACUCAGGUCCUCCUGAAUCCAGGGCCGGUGCUUUAUCCACUUCGCUAUCUAGCUGCCCCUUUUUUUUUUUUUAAAGAGGGGAAAAUAUCAUCAUCAGUGAAAACAUCUCACAGAAACCUCUCUCCAUGUCCUGUGUAAUAGAGUUCAGGAUAUGCUGGUCUACUACUAACUUGCACGAAACCUGUCACAAAUGUAAAGGUGUGGGCUCUUUUUCCCAAUGACCUGAAGUAAUGACAUGGGUUUUGUGGAGUAGUUAGGCCUCAGGAUCCUGAGGGAAAUGGUUUACUCUUCUUUGGACCCUGGAAGGAAGGUUCCAGAGUCACGCUCUCGACAUUUAAAGCCCUUCUUAGGUCCUCUGGGACAGAAAACUUGCUGUGAGAGUAAUUUUAGAAAUCCCUGAUUCCUAAGGAGAGAGGAUCUGUCCUCCUCUCUCUUACCCCUGAGUUAGUGGCAAAGAGUUGUGUCUUUUCUUGACAAGACCUGCCACUACUUCUCCAGGCAGAGAUGCUCUGUGAGAGAAUAAGGCAGAGUUACUCUGUUUACAAGAGAUUAAUCGAUACAAGUAGUUGAAACUUCUGUGUAUAAAAACAGGGGCACCUUGAGAUGUGCUCUGGGAGAUACAAAGAUUUACUUUGUUCUCCAAGAGCUCUUGUAAGGGGAAAAGACGGACUAUAAAUCCCUUUCCCCACUUCUCCUCCCCACUUUAUAGUGAUAAAUAACAAAUAUGUGUAGAAUAGAAAAAAAAAUGCUUAUGGGGAGACCAACCUUGGUAAUACUGGCUACAAAUGAGAGGGAGGCAUCCCCUCUGCUCCCACUUCUUCCGGCAAGAGGAUAAUGCAAGAUUGGGUUUCUCCCUGAUACUUGCUGACCUAAAGUGGGAAUGGCAAACGAAGCUCCAAGAAACAUGUUUUUUGUUUCUUUGUUAAAUAUUACACCAAGCACACGCUAGUGUUCAGGAUCUAUAUUUUAGGAACUUUCCCAACUGGAGGCUUUGAGCUAUUGCGAUUAUAUUCUUUCCUUUUCCUUGCACAUAAAUGCCAUAAAGUAGCAGGGACUAGGACCACGGGGGACCUGAGGGAUGAUCAUUUUGUUCCUAAGCUUAAAAAACAAGCUAAUUGUCAUAAUAAGGUGUGGCUGAUUAAGGAGGAAAGGGAUUCCUAGAAUCUAGCCAAUUGCACCCUCCAUAUUACCACCUCACGAUUACUAGUGUUACAAGUAGGGCCAAAAUGUUGUAUACAUUGUCUCAGAGCUGCUCAAUCGCUUGUUUUUGUUAAACUGGUUUGCCUUAUUAUCUAUUAUUUAGCAUGAUGUAGCAAAAGUUGCAAGCUAAUAGCAUCACGAAUCUAGAGCCAGAGGGUCCUCAGAAGCCAUCUCAUCUAACCUCAUUUUAGAGAUGAGGAAACUGAGGUCAGGGUAGUGAAGCAAUUUGCCCAAGGUCACACAGAUGGCAAGUGUCAGAGGCAGGAUUUGAACCCAAGCUCUAAACACAGAGCCAAGAGUCUUGCUAUUGUCCCAUGCUGCCCCUGGUAUGUUUGUGCCUUUGAAUUCCUGUUUCCAAGCACAUAGUAAAUGCUUAAUCAACGCUUGUAGAACUGAGUGGUUUUUCAUUAUUGAUUCCUUUGAGAUGGCUGUCUAUCCCAUAAUGAAUUCCUAAUCACAAAUUUUCCUCUAUUGAUAAUCAUAGAAGCUAUAGAAACUGAUUUUUCAUGUCCCAUGAGAAAUGCCAGUUUUGUGAUUGUCUGACAUAACCAUGGCCUAAAACGUUGCUUCCUUUGAACCUAAGUGCGAUAUUACAUGAAAAUAGAAUUCAAUAAAGUUGUAUCAUAUCAGAAA